CAAACCGAUUUUUUUUGUCCCUGGCCAGGGAAAAUGUCUCGUUUCCGGGAAUUGCAUAGAAAUAAAUUGGUAAAUGAAGUGAAUUCCCAAAGAAAUGUUGAAAAUAACACAAGUGACUGGUGCAGGAUCGAUCUCAAUGCCAGGGAAAGGCGUCUUCAGCGACAGUACCAAGAAGAGAAGGAUUUCCUGGAACAACAGCGACUCCAGGAGGAAAUCCAGCAGAAGAAGGAACGAGAAUUUAACGAAGAAUCUCGCAGGAAAGCUGAAAAGAUGCAUGAGCUGGAGCGACAGAGAAUCUGUGAAGCCAAAAUGAGACAGCAAUUGCGAGAAACCAGCCAGGAGCUCAGGGAAUUGGAAGGUCAGCUGAGAAGAGCCUAUGUGGCAAAGGAACUUGCAGCUCAGAUUGCAGAGAAAGAAGUUCAGAAACUUCAGAAGCAGUUGGAAGUGAAGAAGGAGCAAGAGUUUAUGGACCAGGAACUUGAGAAAGUUCAGAAAUCCUUUGAAGAAGAAAGAGAACGGGAGAGUAGGAAGAAAGCAACUCUGAGGGAUGAACUGAGAAAUCAAAUGGAAAACUCCCAUCAGAGAUCCAAGAUCCUCUACGUGGAAUUCCUGAAGGAAAAGCAAUACUUGGAUGAGAUUGUCAGGCAGAUUUAUGAGGAGCAGAUGGAAGACAUGAGGCUCAAAAUGAUAAGAAAACGUAGAGCACUGUCUGAACUGGAACAAUUCAGGAAGAAUCAGGAAAUCUUCCAGGAGCAACAGAGGAAAGUCAAUGAGGAUGAGAAUAAGAGGAUUUUAGAGUACAUCGAGAUGAAGAAUCAGCUGCUGAAGAUGGAGGAAGAGAAGAAGGUCCAGGAGAGAUGUGAGAAGGAGAAAAUCACGGAGAAGCUGGCAAAAACCUUGAUAGAGAUAGAGGAAAAUGCCCAGAAACGUGAGGAAGUCAUCAUUGAGCUGAGAAUGAAGGAAAUGGCUGAGCGGGAGGAGCAAAAUCUGAGGGAGCAGAUGGAAAGACAGCUCCGGAGACGAAUACAUGAGCGACUAAUCCUCGAUGAGCAGCGUAGAGAGCGCUGGUUGCGUGUGCAGGAGUCUAAAGAAGAGGAAAUACGUUUCAGAGAGGAACAGAUGCAGAUCCUCGCUGAACAGGACAAACUCGAACAGCUGACAAAGGAAGCAAAGCGUAGGAAGCAGAUGGAGCAUAGAAAAGCCAUUGAAGAGGGUCUAGCUGAAAGAAGGAGACGUCGAGAAGAAGAGAUCUCCGCUGCUGUCCAGGAGAAACAGCACAGUCUCAAAGAAGAUGAAAGAAUUCAGCAGCUAAUCGAAGAAGAGAGGAUUAAAAUGCUGAAAGAGCACGCUACUGAACUUCUGGGAUUUCUGCCACCAGGAAUUCUGCGAGAGAGUGAUCGGCAGCACAUUCCUCUUCCCCCUGGAAGUACAUCCGGCUCGAAGAAUUGUGAAAUGAUUGCAAAAAUUAAGAAAACCCCCGUUCCUAGGGAAAAGAAACCCAAGAAAUUGGAAAAGAAAUUGGGGAAGAAACCAAAAGCCGUUGAAAAAGUGCCUGAGAUUAAGAAGGAGCCUGAAGAAAAGCCCAAGAAGUUGAAGGGCAUCUCGAAGCGCUUCAAUGUGGAAAAGACCCCGAAAAAGCCCAAAAUUAAAGAAGAGGUGAAAGCUGAAGAAAGUGCUGAAAAACCAGCAGAACAGCCGGCUGUCAAAGGCCGGAAACCCAAGGCAUAUAAAUUCGGCGUGGUCCAGAUAAAAUGCCUUCCCCAUGGAUUUUACGAAGAAGAGCUCCAGGGAUUUUUCCAGCAGUUCGGGGAUGUCCAUCGGGUCAGAGUGGCUCGAUCCCUGAAGACAGGAAAAAGCACAGGGGUGGGUUAUGUGGAAUUCCGGGUGCCAGAAGUUGCAGAAAUUGCAGCUCAGACAAUGAAUAACUACCUGUUGAUGAAGAAUAUCCUCAAGACCACGUACAUCCCUCCGGAGAAGGUAACGCCCAAGAUAAUGAGGAAUCGGGUGAAGGUGAGGCUAAUGAAUGGGAAGGAAGUCGUUCACUCAUCGGUCACUGCUCGCCGGAGGAAGGCAAUUGAGGAACACAAUGCCCGGCCUACUCAGCAGACAAUCCAGAAACGACAGGAAAAAAUGAUAAAGAAACUGGAAGCGAAGAAGAAAAAGCUCCUGGAAGCUGGGAUUGACUUCAACGUAGACAGUGUCGUGAAGAAACGAAAAGCUGAAUCCUCUGACGCAACAAAGCCCAAGAAAAAAGUCAAGAAAGAAGAAAAAAAUGCCAAGGAAGAAAACAAGAAACCUGAGAAGUCUCCCGAGAAGACAACCGACGAAGCUCCGAAAAUAAAAUCCCCAAAAGCAAUUCUCAGUAAAAAGGUUCCCAAAGUAAAAAAGCUGAAAGAGAAGCCGGAAAAGCCAGAGAAACCCAAGAAAAAUCCAAUAAAAAAGAAGAAAAUAUCAAUAAAGCUCGGCCCGGUGAAGCCCAAAAAUAUGAAUUCUUCCCCUCUCAAGGAUACCAAGAAGGGUCUGAAAAUAAAAGUGGGGCAGAAGGUGGCGAGUAAAGUGGCAAAAAAGAAUAAGAAAAAUGUUUAAAAAUAAAUAGGUGUAAGAUAUAUUUUUACAAUAAAUGAUUUUAUGCUGCUCUA